AUUAUUUUUCGUACAAAUUGGAAGUAAAUAUUUUAACCCAUUUAUAAUACAAAUACAUUUAUUUUUAAUAUAAUUUUAUAUAUUUAAUUAAAUUUGUUACAUAUUUAUACAUUUUGAAUAAUAUGAAAUUCAAUUGAUUUGUUAAAGCCGGAAAUGAAUUAAAUUGUCAUGCUUUGGAAUGUCAACAAAGAAAUUGUCAAAAUCUGUUUGGGAAGUUUGAAAUUCUAGUGAAAAGUAAACCCUGAAAACAAUAUCAAGUAAUGUAAAGGUGAUGUAUUUAUAAAGAAAACGAAUAAUCGAAUAAACAUGGAGUGUAUUACAAACAGUGAGCCGGAACCCAUGACCGAGGAAAAUCAGAAAUUGAAAACUAGUGAUUCUGCUGAAAACUUCCAACACUUUAUUUACGAAUUGUUUGAGAAAAACGGCAUACUCAACGAUUUGAGGGCUUAUUUGCGUGGCCACAUUGUUGAUGUGUUAAAGAGUACCCAAACUGGGGAGCCUCCGACCUGUCAAAAGUACUUCAUGCAGCGUCUGGAUCUUGCAAAUCAAGCAUUGAAUAUCUUAAUUGCUGAAUAUCUGUUGCGAUAUGAGUUCAGCUACAGCUUGUCAGUGUUUAUCUCGGAGAUACCAUUAGCAAACAUGGUAUUCGGUCUUGCAAAGGCUUUGAUGAUGAAGGGUGACAGCAACCAAACAGAUUUGUGGUUCUCAGACAGUGAUGUUUGGUCUAUCCUCAAUUAUUUAGGUAUAAAAUGUGAUUCAGUACAUGCCAGCAAUAUAGUAGAAAAGUAUAGCAGCAAGGAUAAUCCUUUGCUAUUGUGCAUGUUAAAGUCUUUGCCAUUUUACUGCAUGCAGGGUGGUCCUCGUGAAGAAGAAAACAUGUCAUUAGCAAGUAUUACUUCUGAAAAAAGCUCGGAAUCAACACCAGACAAACAUACAAAACAUGAGAAAGGCUCCCGUCACGAAAAAUGCAAGCAUUACACAUACUGCAAAGCUUGUCAAAGUCGAAUGCACAGAGUUAAGGAGAUGAGUGCGAAGAAAAAGAAGCAUUUAGCCAAGAAUUUAAUUCCUCCUGAAAAUGCACAAAAAGUACGGAAACUUGUGAAGAAUGUCAGUUUUGCGGAGAAGGCUCUUGUAGAUGAGAUGUUUAAUCAACUGAAAACUGUGUACGAAACAGAAGUGGAGAUGGUGAAGCAAGAAGAAGAGAAAAAGUACAAGCAAGUCUUAGCAAAGUUUGCUCUGCAGUUACAGAAGCGGCAGGCUGAGAUGGAAGAGAAGUUCAAGCAGCGCGAAGAAGAAUUAGAAGCGGCGGUACAGCAGAAGAAGAAGUUUCUGUGGGGACUGGCGCAGGCGCUGCGCGACCAGCACCAGAACAUGGCGGCCGCUAUGUGCUGUGUGAGGGGCGAGAGCGAGCGGCUCACGGCCAAGGAAGACAGUUUAAAAACACAACUAAUCGAAGCGGAAAACAUGAUUAAGAACCGCGGCGAAGAGAUGCGCGCGCAGAUAGCCAACGAAAUACAAAUUUUAGAAAAACAUCUCGAGUCCAUGAGGCAAGAGCGAGCUCACAUUGACAGGGAAAAAUCGGAUUUGGACAAAUUCAAAACGUUAUGCGACAGCAAAAUCAGACUUAUCAACGAUGACUCACAGUUGGAGGAAUUGAAGAAAGAGAUAGCUGCGUUGAAAAAGUCCUUUACUGAGCACAAAGUUUGUUUGGCCGAGAAAAGUAUUAUGACGGAGUUGGAAAGUGGGGGGAAGAUGAACAAUCAAGAAGUGGGGAUGAAGAGCGACAGUGAAGAGAGGGUGGGCCGGACUCCGAACCAAGUCGUCAAUGAUUUGAAGAAACAAAAGAAUGUGAAUUUUAAUCAAUCACAAUACGAAACUAGCUACCAAGACAAUCGCCGUUCGCAAUCCACGGACGGCGUGGAGGAGCGAGACGCAAGACGCGACGCAAGACGCGACGCCAUAUUUGUUUUGCAAGACGAGAAUGAUCGGCUCAAACGGUUUGCCAGACAGCAAGAACAACACAUAGACGAGUUGAACAUCCAAACAGCUCGAUUACAAGCGGAGCUGGAGUCCACCCGGGUGAUGAGAAACAGACCUCGCACUGCGCCCGCCUUGUCCGCCAACUACGAGGACUACCAACCGCCGCGGCUGAACACGAGUAUCAGCGCCACGUACAGCAGAUUCGCGCGGCCUCUGGCGGCCGGAGAACACUCCGUCAUAAAUGUUCCUCACAACACCCGCCGUGCUGACAGCAGAAGAUAUUUGAUCCAGCAAUGGCGGGCGCUGCGGCUAACGUCCCCUACCAAUGUCUCCCGGGAACCUCACACACAAACACACAGACCCGCCGCAAACUCUAUUAGCGUCAGCCACAGUGUGGACACGGAGCCGAUGCGGGAGACCGCCGACGAUACAAACUAUUACACCGACCGCCCCGACCCAGAGGAGAGGGCGGUUCAAUUAACGCCUCAAGUGAUAUCACAAGGCAGCAAGGCCAGGUGCAAGAGCCCCAAAAGCAUGUUAAAGGAAGCAAAGUUGAAGCUUAGAAACAAAGUGGAACGGUCACUGGCAUCGAAAAAGUCAUCGCAAAUCAAACGAGAGAAGAGCCCAAACUCCGUGCUUCGGGAGGCGAAGCUUCGACUGAAGAAGUUGGAGAUCGAAGCAGAGGCGGUCGAGAAGUCCUACUUGGACUUCAGAAAAAAACAGACUAUGAAGGAGGAGGUUAUAUCUAGUUAUGCACAUGUGGAGAAUAACGGCUGUGAUGAUGUCACUCUCGAUGUCAACAUACCUAACAACGAUAGCGGCAAUUUAAGAAAUUGUAAAAUUGAUUUGGACAAAUUUCUGAAUAAGUACGAGAAGAGAUUCAACAUUGCCGACUUCAAAAAUACAAGCCCUAAUAGUAGAGCAAAAGUGAUACCAGAAUCUUACGUGGAAUUCGAUAAAAAUAACAAGAAUGAUACAUCUUAUUUAGAAACUCCACUGGCUGAAUUUCGCAAGUUGUAUUCGCAAAACACGCCGCCGAGCAGACUCGGGCAAACCAAAGCAAAACCUACAACAGGCGAAGUUAGGUCUAAAAAUAAAAACAACCAAGUAACGGAAGAUUGUAAAGAAGAGGCCAAGAAGAAAGUAGUACCGAUAAAUAACGCCAAAGAAUUAAAAAUUUUGAAAAACAACAUCAGCAAGAUAUACAAUUUACAAGAACCGUCUCAAGCGGAAGCCACGGAAGAGGUUAACAGUGACCCAAAUAAGUCAGAAGACAAAAACAUGCUUCGUAUAGAAAUAGAAAGCGUUACAGAGACUAACAACUUGAAGCUGAAGGAGAGCGAUCCUCAAGACAUGUUUCUUGUAGUACAGAGUCCAGCGGAAACUGUGAACAUAUCAAUUUCCGAUCUAGACGAAGAGAUAUCGCCUCGCAUGACCGUGCUAGUCAGUCCAAAGGUGAAAAACGAAGAUAGGGAAGAAAAACUGCACAACACAACAUCGCACAAUCGAGCUGAAGAUUUGGAGGAGCCGGAAAAAUUGAAUGCAAACGAUUUCGACACUAUAUUUCAAAUAGAAAGGGACGUGGAGGAACCGAAGGCGUUGGAGCAACAAUGUGAGUCGCAGCCGCUGCUGGAGUCGGGCAGCGACCGCGACAAGGUCGAAGACUACGUGGACGACUUCUCGGCCGACGUCGACAACUACAACAGCCGCUCCGACGACGGCAUUGUGUCGCCGGUGUCGCACGUCAAGACGUCCGAGGACGAAAACUUUUGGGAUUCGUAAAAUUGAAACUAAUGUCUGAACCGGUCAUAAUUUAUUUUUAUAAUGUCUAUUGAAUUAAAACGUAUCAUAUAAAACAUA